AUGACAGACAAGUACGGGAGUUUCCGUAGCAAGACGGCAAAGCUCGUGUCGGAUGACUCUACAUUCAACGAAUUGAAACAAUUGACAAUUGGACAAUUCCGAAUCCAUUUUUGGGAAUCAUUAACGAGAUUCAAAUUCGUCAUCAUAACUGAUUUACAAGUGGUUUCUUUACAACAUGAACUAUGGCAAUUAUACUCUCAUUUCUUUAUCAAGUACGUUGUUGAGAAUGCGUUGCUGCCGGUAGAAUUCAAGUGGAAGGAUGAUGACAAGUUGAGCGAGAAUGAAAUUUAUGGAAAGAUAAACAAUGGUAGGUUUAUUCAAGAGACGGAUCUGUAUCUAAAGUCGUUGCCUAUAUUUUGA